UCCGCCCAAAACCGCCCUUGUCCUUAAACCUCUUUGACCGCCCAGCAGCCGCCCCCCCGAAGCCGCGCCAGGGAACUAGGGAGAUCUCUGCAGACCUUGCAGAGUGCAGAGAACUGCUGCCGUGGUGACUCUGCGUUUGCCCCUCGAUUUGUUCCAUCACAUUGCAUUUUGUAAUCUCCUGCCGUACUUUGUACCUCAAUCCAACAUCCAUUCAGUUACCCCUCCAUCAUCCCAUCCCAUCCUGCCGCCGCUUAUCGCUUGUCGCCGACGGUCGCCUGCCGUACUCGCAUGACCUGAAGAAACCGGGAAAGGGAAAGAAUACUUGAACGACGGGAAGCGCCGGACUUCUCUCCGCAAAAACCUCAGCCCGCUGCGCACAACAAACUACCUAGGAACCGCCGUCAUCCCAGCACCCCAGCGAUAAUUUCCAAUCUAUACCAUACCGAUACCGCAACCAUGGAGAAAGUCGCGCCCGAGUUCACUCUCGAAGCCUUUGCCGAUCCCGCCUCCGUGCGCGACGUCGUCCGCGGCAUCCUCCACACCAUCUUCUUCCUGCGCUACUUCGUCUCCCACGAACCCAAGACGCGCGACGUGUGCGGCCUCGAACUGGCCUACAUUCCCGACGCCGAGAUCGAGACGCUCAUUGACCAGCGGGUCGCCACGCUCGUGCGCCAGCUCGAGGUUGACCGCAACCAGUCUUCUUCGUCACAACAUCCUUAUGGCGGCGGUGGCCCCGGCUAUAGCGGAGGCGGUGGAGGUCGCGGGCAGAUAACAGUGCAGUUCUUUGAGAAGAAGCGCAGGAAGACGUGGUACGGUAUGGGGAGGGGUGACGACGAGGUAUGUUGGGAGAACUGGACGGUCAAGGUGACGGUCGCUGAACCGAGGACGGAGUCAGAACGACAUAAAGUUCGGAACGCAAUGGAAUCCACCCUCCAAUCAACCGUUUUCAAAUGCAUCACCAUCGCAAACACCCACAAGGACCACAUCCCACCCAUCACCACCAACGAUUCCAAUCCCUUCACCUACCAGAUCCACGUCAACCCCCACCACGGCCUCCACGUCACCUCCCAGCAACACCUUCAGAGCGCCAGCAGCAAGGAAGCAGCAGCACGAAGCGAUUUUGGAAGCUCGGGAAACGGUGGCAGUAGCAGCGGAACUGGCGGAAGCGGACGAGGGGCAGGGAGAGGGGGAGCAGGCGGGCUAGCAGGUGCCGCGGGCGGUGCGGCAGCGGCGGUUGUUGGCUCGUGGGCCACCAGGAUGGGCAUUUACUAGAAGGACAGUCCCCCCUGGCUCCUCAACUCUGUAGGGAGUGCGAUCGUGAACGUGGGCCUUUCGGUGCGCGAUGCUGCUGUGAGGCUGGAUGAGGUGUGCGGCAGGACGCUUGAUAGGUGGGACAGAGAGUUCCAGUAUGUCCUUGAUAAGGAAGAGGACGCGAAUCCGGGAAGCAGAAGAUAAAGGCGGAGGAGGAGGAAACGAUGAGAGAGAGUAGGAUGAGAAGCGUCGAUAAACUAGGUGAAGAGGCGGGAAUCAUCAUUCUUGGGGAAGAAGGGACAGACAGGCCUGCGGUCGAGAAGAGACGUUGAACGCGAUGAGGGAAGUUUGAGGUGGAAUGAGCGAGUUUUUUCCUUCAGGCUUGAACGGGACCACACACAACAGGGCAGGGCAUUCUUGACGCUUGUCUUCCCUCCUGAUUUCUGACGCCAUUCAACAUCUUGACCCCGCUACACUAUAAUUAUUCAAGGCUUGCAGCGGUUUUAGGGGGGAAAGGAAUUUGGAGUGUCUAAACCUCCAAGAAGCGAGGGAAAGAUGUUUAUUAUGAUUACCAUCGAUAACAAAGCAUGGAUAAAGGGCGUUAUGGGAUCAAUCUACAGGAUAUGGGGACGGGACGGGAGAAGGUUAAACGGGACUUGCUUGACAGAGGACCAACCAAACAAACCGGGUUACUUAGCCAUAGAUAUAUUUCAUCGAUUUACGUAUUUUGGGGGGUGGGGUACAGCAUAAACGAACGCCACCGGGACGAACGAAAUUAUGAUUAUUAUUAUUAUUCAUCACAGCAGAAAACCGAUCCCUUCUUUUGGGGCAUUGAUGAGGGUCUUUUCUGUUGUUGCUAAUCAGCAUGCUACCCAUAUUGGCUAGAGGCUGAUCUUUGGGAUUUAGUGGGACAACUAAUAUACAGGACUAUCAAUCAUCUUGAUACACA